AUGUCCCGACCUCCAGCGCCGUCGCCGAUACAUCCUCCAAACCUCUCCAAGACCACCACCCAAAUGGCCAUGACCGAGACGCAGAACCUCCCGCACUUUCCUCCGCCGCCCUACCUUGACCCCUACCGCCGCCUGCCCCAGCCUGUCCAGCUUCCUCCCCUCUCCGUGCCGAGGGAUCCCGUGCGACCUGACUUCCCGCCCUUCUUCUCGCCCUCCCAGCGCUCUUUGCCCUCCAUCUCCACGCUCUCCACCGUCUCCGCUCCCGCCCAGUCAAGACCUGAGCCGCCCCGCCCACCCCUCCGCUCGGCCGCUCCCGUCGACAAGCUACUCUCCUCGAAUCCGUACACGCCGCCCCGCUCGGAUCCUCCCUACUCCCCUCCCCUGCAGUAUGGUCGCACAGUUUCCCCGAGGUCACAGGUAGAGACCAGGGCCCCUCAUCCCCGCCCGGUGGCGCGCUAUCCGGAGGAGCCUCGUCCAAUCCAUCAUCCGGAGCCUGUGUACCCGCCUCAAGCAAAUCCUCCACCACCACCCCCGCCGCAGAGACAGCAAUCCUACCAGCCGCUGCCGUCCCCCAGCUACACUUCCAGCUAUCCGCCGAGCAACGCCUCGUACCGCGGAUCCAUUGACUCGCAUCGAGGGUCCGCUGCGUCCAGCUACGGAGCAGUUGCGACUUACCCCGAGCCUGUGGCUCCUCCGCCCGCACAAAGACCUCCACCCCCUCUUCCUCCUCCGCCUGCCGUAGCCGCCGGCCCCAGCAUCGUUCCGAGUGCUUCCUACCGCGGGCCACAGCCGGACAAGACGCAAUAUGAGUACAAACUCGUGGUGCGGCAACAACCAGUUGCCGCCCGUGCAUGUGGGUUUGGAGAGCGUGACCGGAGGGUGAUCGACCCUCCGCCCAUCAUCCAGCUCCUGGUGACGGACCCCAAAACCGGGCAGUCGGAUCCGGACGAGCUGCGAUAUUCGUUGAAUGUUGUGCAUUGCACACUCUGGAACGCCGACGGAACCAACGAGGAGACGGCACUGAUCCAGCCUGACCGGAGAACAACCCGGCGCCUCAUGGGCCAGCUGGUCGCGUCACCCUCGGUUGCCAAAGACGAGCACGACGUUGAAGGCUGUUUCUUUUGCUUCCCCGAUCUGUCAUGCCGCACGCACGGCAGAUAUCGCCUUCGUUUCGUCUUGAUGCGGAUCGACCCGAUGAACCUGCAUGUCGGAGGACUGAUGCCCAUCCUCACCGAAGUCUUGAGCGAAGUAUUCACAGUCUACACUGCCAAGGACUUCCCGGGGAUGCGGCCCAGCAGCGCGCUAACGCGGGCGCUGAAGUUGCAAGGAUGCAACAUCCAGGUCAAGAAGGGGAAUGAGAAGGCUCUGGCGAGGAGGCGAGCCAGCCACAUCAGCGACGAAGACGACCACGGGGACAACGAUUCGCAUUCAGGGCGCAAAAGGCGCAGAGAGUAG